AUGGGGCCCCCGGGCAAUAGGGGAUCAUGGGGCCCCUGUGUCCUUGCCCAAACUCAAAAAAGCCUUGGAAAAAGGUACCAGGGGCAUCUCAUGGGGCCCCCUACUGACCCCGGGCCUUCGAGCAAUAAUAUAUUCACUCAUGUAGCUGCCUAUGGCUAAAUGAUAUCCACUCUCACUCAGGGGCGGACUGACAACUCAUAGGGCCCCCGGGUAAUAGGGGAUCAUGGGGCCCCUGUAUCCUUGCCCAAACUCGGAAAAGCCUAUGAAAAAGGUACCAGGGGCAUCUCAUGGGGCCCCCUACUGACCCCAGGCCCUCGGGCAGUGCCCGAGUUUCCAAAUGGUCAGUCCGCCCCUGCUCUC